GGAAGUUCCGACACUACUCUCGAGUGGCUAGCGGCUACUGCUAGAAAGGUUAUCAGAUCCAGGCGUUAUUUACCUUAGCUUAUAAUUUAGUUAACAUCAGCUAGAGGCGUUGGUUGAGCUAAUUGAGCAUGGCAAUAGGACAAAAGUAAAAUUAUUGUCCCAGUCGCUAAAGAAAACUUCUAUUGUGCGAAUACUUUUUACCUGAGGGAAAAAUCUAUGCAGAGGUUGGUCAAAAUGUCUAUUGUCUGUUGUUAGCCAAGCUAGCUAGUUAAGUUAGCAAUUGCUACCGGAGGGGAGGUGAUAUGUGCAGCGUUGUUGUUACUUUGAUGUUGUAUUUCAUGGUGAAUCAGUCGGAGCUGUCAUUAGCUGUUAUUGAUAAGCGGGUGUAGCUUGGAGGGCUAAUGAUUAGCCGGUUGCUAAGAUCAGCAGAGCUAAUAAACGCCAUGUCCGUGGCUACAGUAGCUGGCAGUUUUCUCUAAGGCAGCGGUGGUCGCUGGCCAAAGCGGCGGUCACAUCACGACCAAGGCGUCUCAUUCCCAGGUCACAUAGCGGAUCUGCGCCGUGAGUGUGUCUGCUUUGGGGCUAAUGCCGUUUAUAAGUGUGAAUACCAACAGGUUAAUUUUUUUUGAGAGAUGGGCUCUGAAAACCCGAACAACUUUGGACCAGCUGUGAUCCUGACUGAGGAUGAUCAGCAAGAGAUAGGAGGUCUGAUCAACUCUGAUGGAGAAGAAGUGGAUUUCUCAGAUCUCAGAGAGAAUGCUCUCCCUGGUAUUGGAGGUGCAGGAGCUCCCUCAAAGACAUUUGAACAGCCUGACAAUGAAAAACCACCAACUCUUCACAGCUGCUUUCUUUGUGGCAAAGACUUUCCGUACGCCUCUAAGCUUCAGCGCCAUCUCCGCACGCACUCAGGAGAGAGACCUUUCCCCUGCUCCAUGUGUGAGAAGAGAUUUCCGGAAAAAGGGUUGCUCAUGGUUCAUGAACGGGUCCAUACUGGGGAGAAGCCAUUCCCGUGCACUUUUUGUGAGAAAAGGUUUGCUAGCCGAGGGGAGCUGAGGCUACACAGGCGGACACACACUGGUGAGAGGCCAUAUCACUGCUCUAUCUGUCUGAAGAGCUUUUCUCGUCACUGGCACUUAAAAACGCAUUUAGAGGCGAUGCACUCUGAGGUUGUUGCAGGCUUUAUAAGAAAGAAGUUUCCAUGUUCAGACUGUGAGAAAAGCUGUAACUCUGCAGCUGAGCUGAGAGAUCACCAGAGGACUCACACUGGAGAACGGCCCUACCAGUGCUCUUUCUGUGACAAAAAAUUUGCCCUGUCUGGGACACUUGUGAGGCAUGAGCGUCUCCAUACUGGUAUAACCCCCUACCACUGUGCUGACUGUGGGAAAACAUUUGCACAGCAGUGGACUUUGACGACACACAUGCGGACUCACACAGGAGAAAAACCGUACAGCUGCACACAGUGUGAUAAGUCUUUUGUAGCUCCUGGAGAACUUCGGAGACACAGCAGGAUUCACACAGGAGAAAAGCCGUACACAUGCACAGACUGUGGCAGGCACUUCUCACUAGCAGGAACUCUCAGAAACCACAAACGUUCAUGUACGCAAAACAAGAAUGGAUCAGUAGUGGGGGUCAUCUCAGGCUUAAUUCAAGCUGCAGUUGGCGAACUGUCCCAGCAAUCUCUGCCCAACAACAUCAACUGUGAGGUAGUACCGGACAUGGUUACUGGUGAUCAGAGUUUGCCCAGUUUACUUGAACCCCAUUCCUCAGAGAGUUUUAACUGUUACAAAGCAACGCAGUAUGAAAAAAUACUGAAGACAAGCAAAACAGAAGAACAUGUAGGGGAUGCUGCUUCCAGUCCACAAAUGAAUGUAGUUGUGAAGGAAGAGGAAGAAGAGGGACCUUUGUGUGUUUCCCUAACAGAAGAUGCUCCUGCCCAGAUGUCUGAUAGUGAGGGCUUUGCCACACCACAGGAAACUGUAGAUCAGCAUCAGGAAAGCAACACGGACAUAAGGAUUACAGUAAAGGAAGAAGAGGAAGUUGUCAACACGUCUGGAGAGAAUUCUGAUCCUGACAAUGAAAGAGAGGGUUGUCUAGCAUCACCAAUGCAGGAACAGCUUUACAAAAACAGUUUGGCAAAAAGCUCUUACUGCUGUGGGCUCUGUGGAAGAGACUGUCACAAGAUGUCGGCCCUGCAAAUUCAUAUGCGAAUUCACUCUGGGGAGAAACCCUAUCAGUGCACACUGUGUGGCAAGCAGUUCACGCAAAAAGGUCAACUCAAAGGUCACCAGAAAGUUCACACAGGAGAGAAACCAUUUUCAUGUCCUGACUGUGGAAAAAGCUUCGCCCACUCAGGGGCCAUGAACAGACACAAGCUCACGCACACAGGAGAGAGGCCGUACCACUGCUCAGUGUGCGACAGAAGCUUCAACCAGUCUGGCCGCUUGAGAGAACAUGAGAAAAUCCACUUUGGAGAGAAGUUUGAUUGUCCUGAGUGUGAAAAGAGUUUUACCCGAACUUCAAGUCUCAAGAACCAUCUGCGGCUUCACACAGGAGAGAGGCCGUAUGCCUGCGAUAUUUGCGGCAGAGGCUUCAGCCGCUCACAAAGUUUAAGGCUCCACAAGCGUAAGCACGAGCAGAUUCACACUGAGGAGGAGUCAGCUUUCAGUGUGAGGAACGAUGAAUUCUCACAAAGUGACGAUAACUCUCCAAUUAAUAUGUGUAUAACAGACAAAAACACCUGAUGAUGUAUUUAUAUAAACCAUACACAUACAGUAUGUUGUAGUAUAACAACACAAGGUCCUAGGCAGUGAAGGAAGAACUAGAGGAGGCUUAUACUUCCUUUGUUAAUAGACCGUCACUAAACCUUUAUGUGGUUGUUUAACUAAAAAGUAAUAAAGUAUUUAUCUCCCUGAAGUGACAGAAGAGUUGUUUAACAUACACAGACCGGGUGGUGUUCAGCAUCCAGCAAAGCAGUAUUCAGACAAACCACCAAACAAGUAUUUACUGCGAACACAACUUUUGUAAAAUUGUGAAAACUGUUUAGAUGAUGCAUUUUAGAGGUCAUAUUUGCAUUCAUCCAUUGUUAUUGGUAUAUUACAGUAUUUAUAGUGGUAAAUACCUAUCUCCAGUCUGUGAUUUCACAUUUUCCAUGUAGCAUUUGUCAUUCAAACUAAUGAUGUAUGUAGGAAAAGAGGCUGGAAAAUAAUUAUGUCUUUGUACCUGCUAGUGCCGUCACCAAUGAGCAAUCGACAGUAGGUGGGAGAAAACUCAUUCUAUGCGAAAUGUAGCCAGUAAUAAAGAUAUAGGAAAAUGAUACUCAUCAGGUUUUGUUCCUGCUUUGGACAACAAGGCCAUGUGACCAUUGUGAAACAGAUCUGCUGUGAUCCAACAGACAGUAAUAUGAAGCCAGGCAGAUAGUAACACAGUUAUAGGUAUAUAUUGCCUGACGCUGCCUCUGUCUAAUUGUAUGGGACAUGUUGUACUGUCAGAAUAAAAAUAAAAGCACUUUCUGACUGUA